AGGCUCGGGCGACGGCAGAGGAAAUUGAAAUUACUUGUCUGCGGAGAUGAGUUCAACACUUUCUCGCAGUGUGUUGGCUCUAAUUUGGUCGAGCCCUCUUGAAUGGAUUAAAGGAGAGCAGCAUUUGGUGCUUGGCAGCACUCGCCGGGAGGCUUUCUGUGGGUAGUUUGCGGAUGAGUACAAGAUCGACAUUGUCAACGGGAAGAGAUCUUGGACAUUAAUGUAGGGAGACGACCGUUACCUACUUAAAACUCGCCUGUAUGGCAGCUUCUAGGCUUAUUCCAGGUUUAGCAUCAAUAAUAUGGGCCCCUGGAGAUGGGCUGACUUGGACCAGCCUCGGAUUCCAGCCUUGAAUCAGACUUGGACCGAAGGUUCAAAGCAAAGUGUUUUGUGGCUUAGCGCUGGAUGAGGUAAUUGUGCAGGUGGGGGAUGAACAUGAACGUAUUGGCAGUUGGAAGAGUUUAAAGUCGAGUCUGGCAAUUUUACGUUCUAAAGAUGGACGAUCAGACGGGUGUUUUGAUUGUCUGCAGAAGUUCAGAUCGUUAUGACUUUUGGCGGGGUCAACGGCGAGUUGCACACGGCGGAACGAGUUAAGCUUUGAAGAUUUAAUGAAUACCUUAUUCAUCAAAUAGCCGGCGGAAGAAGUCGCAAUGUUCCUCUACUGGAAGAAGCGCGGCGCGUACCAGCUGGAGGCGCUGCCACCCUCGCUCGCUCAAUUGGGAAUAGAGCGCUAUUCCUGGUCUUCUUCCCUGGAUGCCAUCCAGGAUCUAUGUGAUGACAAGCCGGCGCAGGAGGAAGACUUGGCCGUGUGCCAGCACCCGGAGUGUCCGGAGCGCCGGAGGGCCUCUAAGGUUUGCCACCACCCAGACUGCCAAGACCUGAAUAACAAAAGCCCCCUUCACCUGUGUGAGUCAUGUGACUCGCGCAGCCAUUCAGAGAACACUGACAACAUGCACUUUGACCGGCACCCCCGAUUUGACUUGCAACCUCAAGCCUCCAUCCUGGCUCGGAACGUGUCCACGCGCUCCUGUCCCCCGCGCACCAGCCCCCCCUCCGACCUGGAGGAAGAGGACGAAGGGAGCAGUGACCGCGGGGAGCGCAAAGCGGGGGGCUUGAAGAUGGCGAAGAAGAAGACACGGAGACGGCACACUGACGACCCCAGCAAGGAGUGCUUCAGCCUCAAGUUCGAUCUCAACGUGGACAUAAACACAGAAAUCGUACCUGCAAUGAAGAAGAAGACUCUGAGCGAGGUUCUGGGGCCGGUGUUUGAGAGGAAUGGCAUCGAGCUGUCCCGGGUCGACCUGUUCCUGGAUCAGUCCAACACGCCGCUGUCGCUCAACUUUGAGGCCUACCGUUUCGGAGGACACUACCUCAAAGUCAAAGCACGGCUCGGCGAUGAGCUGAAGGUGGAGCAGGGUGUGAAGGACUUGCGCUCGCUUAGUCUUCCCAACAUGAAGCCGUCUGGAGGUCAGAGCCCCUACAUCCUGACGCCAGGCGGCGAGCGGGCGGAGCAUGGAUCUCUGGGACGCCGAGAGGCCGUGGAUCUGUUGGGUCAGGCUCGACGGAGGAAAAACAUGACCGAGUUCCUGGGAGAGCCGAACAUCCCCACCCCGGACACCCUGGGACAGCUCGGCGGCUCGCUGCCCGGCACCGGGCCCGACAGCUGGAAGAACCGCGCCGCCAGCCGCUUCAGCGGCUUCUUCAGCUCCACCGGCGGAGUGGGGCCCUUCGGCAAGGAGGCGGAUCGACUGGAGCAGCUCCAGAGCAAACUCCACUCCUACACGUUGUUCGGCCUCCCCAAGGUGCCGCAGCAGCUCUCCUUCCACCAGGACUCCUGGGAGGAGGAGGAGGAGAGCAACCUGGUCCUGGAGGACAGUUGGAAGAUGUUACUGGACGACUCAGAGUCACUGACGAGGCGACAGUUCCAACAGCAGGAGGCGAUAUGGGAGCUGCUUCAAACCGAGGCCACCUACAUAAAGAAACUGCGAGUCAUCACCGACCUGUUCCUGUGCGGCCUGCUGAACCUGCAGGAGAGCGGCCUGCUGACCGAGGUGGAGCCCGCCAAGGUGUUCAGCAACAUCCACGAGAUCAUCCGCCUGCACACGCUGCUGUGGAACCAGGUCAUGCUGCCGGUCCUGGAGAAGGCCAGGCAGGCGCGCGCUCUGCUGGACCCCACCGACCUUCACCACGGCUUCAGGACGUUUGGCACCAGGUUCCAGCCCUACAUCCGUUACUGCAUGGAGGAGGAGGGCUGCAUGGAGAACAUGCGCACGCUCCACAGGGACAACGAGCUCUUCAGGACCUACGUCACGUGGGCGGAGACCGACAAGCAGUGCAACCGCCUGAAGCUGGCCGACAUGUUGGCGAAGCCUCACCAGAGACUGACCAAAUAUCCCCUCCUCCUGAAGAGCGUGAUGAAGAAGACGGACGAGCCGUCAGCCCGCGACAUCGUCAACAGCAUGGUGGCCGCUGUGGAGGGCUUCAUCAACAGCGUGGAGUCCCAGAUGCGACAGAGUCAGGAAAAGCAGAAGCUGGCCACCAUUUCUGCCCGAAUAGACUCCUACGAGGCCGUAGAGGGCAGCAGCGAAGAGGUGGAGAAGAUCCUCAAGGAGUACAACCGCUUCGACCUCAUGGCUCCCAUGAGAGGAAUUUCCCCGGAGGAGACUCGACAGCUGCAUCUGGAGGGCGCUCUGAGGAUGAAAGAGGGCAAAGACAGCAGGAUGGAAGUCUAUUGUGUCCUGUUCACCGACCAGCUGCUAAUUACCAAGCCAGUGAAAAGGGUGGAGAAAGUCAAGAUCAUCCGCCAGCCUCUCCUCAUUCACAAUGUCGUCUGUAAGGAACUCAAAGACCCCGGCUCAUUCAUCCUCAUCUACCUCAACGAGUUCAAGAAUGCAGUGGGAGCCUACACCUUCCAAGCCAACAGCGCCACCCAGGGGCGAAGCUGGAUCGAUGCAAUCUGCAAUGUCCAGAACCAGCUGCUGAGGCUUCGCACCGAGGAGGUCCUCCGGCAGCAGAACGCCAGGAGCAGAUGUAAAGAGGGGGAGGAUGAAGAAGAGGAGGAAGACGAGAGCAGCAACUCCACCACAAGUUCCCCUUGCCUCAGGCACACAGUCCAGCAGAACUCGAGUCAAUCCGAUGGUUCCACCGAAACCCUGUCAGUGAUGGACGUCGAUGAACCGGGCGAACCCCAAAAGCCUCUUUUCCCAAACACGAACCAGCAGGGAACCAGUGUAAAAGACUCCGAAGCGGCUCUCCUGUCUGAGGUCCAGCAGUUGCAGCCCAAGGGCGCCCCCACAGUCCACGCCAGAGUUUACUCUGAGCGCGGUGGGGAGACGGGGCCCGGCGGCGAGGGGCUGAACACCCAGUGUCGCUCUCUCUCCAUCGACAGCGCCUAUGGAACCCUCUCCUCCAAAUCCCUCCUGAGAGACCUUCAGCCUCUGCCCGGCCAAGGGGGAGACAGGGAGGUGGAGGAGCAGGAACAGACUCUAUUCAAAGAGCAGGAAGAAGACGAGGAGGACGACGACGAGGAGGACGAGGAGGAUACUGACUCACUGGGGUCCCAACUGUUGGUAGUCCAGUCCUCUAAACCUCGCCGGCGGCCUCAUGUCCAGUCACGAGUCCACUGCCUCCAGAGGCUUUCCGGUCUGGCCUUGUCGCGCUCCGAGGACAAUCUGCUGCAGCGCCUCUACAGCCGAAGCCCCGCGUCCCACGCGCACGGCUCCAAGGCGCGGGACCCGUCGGCGCGCGGGGACGCCAAGACAUCGCCGCUGGCUCACAGCAAAAGCCUCACGGAGUUGGGCCGGACCUGCAUGGAGCUGUUUGCCAGCGACCUGGACCGGUCCGAAGACUGCCUGAGCCUUUCCUCGGACAAACUCCGCGCCACCCUGAGGAGGGCGGAGCCCAAGCGACGGCAAAAGGGGUCCGCGGGACUACGCGAGGGCGACGGGUCCCAGAGUAACAGCUCGGACGGGGAAACGGCGCCGUCCCCCUGCGGGGAGAGGAGAAACGAGUCGAAGGCCACGGGCGACUCGGGCGAGAAGGCGCUUCAGAAGAAGUCGUCGUCCCCGCCCCAGCAGCACAAGAAGCUGACGCUGGCGCAGCUGUAUCGGAUACGCACCACUCUCGUCCUCAACUCUACACUCACUGCAUCGGAAGUUUGACCACUUUUCCACACAACUGACCCGUGGCGUGUGGGCAACAAUAAGAAACGACACUUAUUCUGCUUCGGUGGAGUGACUUUCCUGCAACACAAAUGCACUCUCUCUCUCUCUCUUAAUGCUCUCUCCCUUCUGGUGGCUUUUUGGACGCUGACAGUACCGUUUUUCCAUGAGAACAUUUAUUUCUUUGCUGUUGCAUUGGUUUUUCCGAAUUUACCGAGUGGAAGCGAGAGGCGGAGAGACAUUAACUGCUUGCACUUUGCAACGGAAGUAGCAUUAUAGGCGCGGGGACGAUGAGGUGGACGGUUAGAGGUGGAGCGGAAUCCUGCAUCUUCAUAGAGAGGAACACAGUCCCUCAAAAACAAAUAGCACCUGGGAUGUCCACCUAACAUUUAUGCAACUCCUGGUUGGCUUUAACAAAAGAAGAAGAAGAAAAAAAAAAAGUGAAAAUUGCACAGUUAUAUAUGUUGAGUAGAAUGAUCACUAAAGAGUGAAUUUUCCAAUUACAGUGAAUUAGCGUUUAUCGUUUGCUGUCCGUGUCUGCUCGUGUACAGACGUGUGUGCGUGUGAGAGAAUGUGCGAAUGAUUGUCUCGUGCCCGAAUGAUAACAUGGUCCUCGGCUCCUUGACUGGACCAUAACUGAUUCCCACCUCCUGUGAAUAUGCUUACACACCCAAAGAUGGAAGAAGCCGGCAGGUUCCCAACAACCAAAAAGCUCCAAUACGGCCAAUCCCGUUUCAACAGCCUUCUGAGAUGAACUUUUUAGUUUUACUGUUGAUCUGUGUUAACUACGUUAAAUCGACCACGUUGAACUGAUGAGAAAAACACAUUGACUGAAUAAGCACAUGCAUGAAUGCGGUUGCUGUAGAGAAGGAUGUCUACACUUGAGUAAUGGCUCGGCACACUGAUGGGAAAAAAGGCUUUGGGUUGGAUGUUGUCUUGUGAGUGAAUUAGAUAAACAAAUCUCCUCAUCAUAAAUGCUAUGAACAACUUUUCAGAUCAGUGAUUUAGAACCUUCUUCCAAACAUCGCCCCAAUCCAAAUAGGUGUUUACUCUGUUUACUUUUUUUUGUGUUGUUGUUGUUAAUGUGUAAUAUUUAUUUUGCUUGCUAUGUUUUAUAUAUAAGAUAUUGUUUAUAUUAUUUACUUCAAUGAUUUGUACAUUUGUUUUGUUGAUGUAGUCUUAAUAUUUUUUUUCUUGUCAGGCAUGACUGUGCUAUGAACCAAAAUCAUGCGUUUCCUCUUUCAGGAAUGUUCUCGCGCAACAAAAAUGCUAAAAUACUUUAUCCCUCUUUUAAUGGUUUAAUCCAUUGUAAUGGAGUGCUUCAAGGGGAAAGGCUGAAUCUGAAUGGCAUUAAGCAUUAAAACUACAUGAACUGAUA